AUGCCGUCGUUCAACAUCGUAGUCUUUGCAGGUGACCACUGCGGUCCCGAAGUUACCGCUGAGGGCAUUAAGAUCCUCGAGGUUAUCCAGAAGGAGAGGCCCGACGUCAAGUUCAACUUCCAGCACCACCUUCUCGGCGGCGCCUCCAUCGAUGCCACCGGCGAGCCCCUUACCGAGGAGGCCCUGACCGCUGCGAAGAACGCCGAUGCCGUCCUGCUCGGUGCCAUUGGCGGUCCCAAAUGGGGUACCGGCAAGGUCCGCCCCGAGCAGGGCAUCCUCAAGCUCCGCAAGGAGAUGGGCACCUUCGGCAACCUGCGUCCCUGCUUCUUCGCCUCUGAGUCGCUCGUCGAGUACUCGCCGCUCAAGGCCGAAGUGUGCCGCGGCACCAACUUCAACAUCAUCCGCGAACUGACUGGCGGAAUCUACUUCGGCGAUCGCAAGGAGGACGACGGCAGCGGCCACGCUCUCGACACGGAGCCCUACUCGCGCGAGGAGAUCGAGCGCGUCACCCGCCUGGCCGCCAACCUCGCCCUGCAGGAGAACCCUCCCGCCCCCGUCUGGAGUCUGGACAAGGCCAACGUGCUGGCAACUAGCCGCCUGUGGCGCAAGGUCUUCACCGAGGUCAUGGAGAAGGAGUUCCCUCAACUCACCUUCGGCCACCACCUCAUCGACUCGGCCGCCAUGCUCAUGGUCAAGAACCCCCGCGCCCUCAACGGUGUCAUCGUCACCAGCAAUCUGUUUGGCGACAUCAUCAGCGAUGAGGCUAGCGUCAUCCCCGGCAGCUUGGGCCUCCUCCCCAGCGCCAGUGUCGGCGCCAUUCCCGACGGCAAGACGCCCGUCAACGGCAUUUACGAGCCCAUCCACGGUUCCGCCCCCGACAUCUCCGGCAAGGGCAUUGUCAACCCCAUCGCCACCAUUCUGUCCGUCAGCAUGAUGCUCAAGUACUCCCUCUGCCAGCCCGAGCUCGCCGCUGCCGUCGACCUUGCCGUCAAGAAUGUUCUUGACAAGGGCGUCCGCACCGCCGACAUCAAGGGCACCGCUAGCACCAAGGAGAUGGGUGAUGCGGUCGUCGCUGAGCUGACCCAGCUUCUCAGGAAGUGA